AUGGACUUGAAGAUUCGACUAGUCCUUUUUGCAUCUCACUUUUAUUUCAGUGUAGGCUUCCCUAUCCAGGUGAACACUGAACAAAGCUAUGAAGGCAGCAAGACCCGUUUAUAUGAAGGUGACAUUACCCCCAAAAGACAUCGCAAUGCCAUUGUCUGUCCAUUUAACUGGUGCUUUUGGCCCAAGUCAUCUAAUGGACUCGUUGUCAUCCCCUAUGUCAUCUCUUCUUCCUACACUCAUGAAGAGAAAGCUCUGAUUGUUGGUGCCAUCCAAGAGUAUGAGACCUUGACUUGCAUUCACUUUGUAGACCGCACAACGGAAACUGACUAUAUAUAUAUUUCUCCAAAGGAUGGCUGCUGGUCUUACUUUGGAAAGGUUGGGGGUUCCCAGGUGGUAUCAGUGCGCAAAGGGGGUUGCAUGAGGAAAGGAAUCAUUCAGCAUGAACUAAACCAUGCACUGGGGAUGCUGCAUGAACAGAACAGGAACGACAGGGACAAAUAUGUAGUGAUUGCAUGGCAGUACAUUAGUCCAGGUGAUUUUUAUCACUUUAAGCCAACCAGAGCUAAUAACCUGGGCCUCAAGUAUGACUAUUCUUCCGUGAUGCACUAUCACAGGUUUGCUUUCUCCAAUACAUCUGGAAAGGCAACCAUUACUCCAUUCCCUGAUAGCACAGUGCCUAUUGGACAGAGGUUUGGACUGAGUAACCUAGAUGUGGCCAAAAUCAAUAAGUUAUAUGAAUGUGGGAUCCAUAGCACUUUGCUCUCUAAUUUGACUGGAAGUUUUUCCUCUACUGUCUACCGAUCAUCAUACCCCAAAAAUACCAACUCUGUAUGGCUGAUUCGUAUCCCAGCAAAUAAAAUUUUCCUGCAGUUUAAUUCCUUAUAUAUCCAGUCCUCCUCAGACUGUGCUUCCAACCAUAUUCUGGUUUAUGACGGAGGCAGCAGGAGAGACACUGUCUUUCUGAACAAAUUGUGUCGACCAGUGCAGCUCCCCUCAGUAGUGUCUUCUGGAAACAUGAUGCUUGUGGAGUUGGUCAGUGAUGGCACCACAUUGCCCAAAUUUAAGGCUUCUUACAGUUUUGUGCAAUGUGGCAAGACUUUUACUGCCAUGAAUGGGAAAUUUGAGUCUCCACUGUAUCCGUCUCACUAUCCUCCACUAACAGACUGUGCCUGGAUAAUGAUAGCACCAGAAGGAUCCAAGAUAUCACUGACUAUAGUGUCCUUCCUUCUGGAGGAUUCGUUUCAAUGCCAACAUGACUACCUGGUUAUUUACGAUGGAGGCACAACCACAGCCCGUUCUGAGGGUAAAUACUGUGCAAAUGACCUAGUUCCAGGCUUCAUCUCCUCUGGGAACUCAGCGCUUGUCCAGUUCCACAGUGACGACUUCCUGCAGUAUCCUGGAUUCCAGGCUGAAUAUUCAUUCAGUAAGUAUGAAGGCAGUAAAGAACGCAGUGUAAUCUAG